AUGAAGUAUUAUAAGAAAGAAGAUGACUAUGAUUCAAGUGAAUCUGAAAUCUCCACGGAUGAAAGCUCUGAUUACGACGGCGGUGAAGACGAGUCCGAUUCCAGCGACCCGAAUCAUGGAGACGACGAUGAUGAAGACGGAGCAGAUAGUACAGUUGAUGAUAAUAAUGUCUAUGAUGAUUAUGAUGGUUAUGACGAUUAUGAUGGUUAUGAUCAUUAUGAUGAAUAUGAUGAUGACGAUAUCCAAAACGAAGAUGAACCAGAGUUUGAGGAAGAGCAGGAGAGAGAGCAGGAAGAAGAGCAAAACGGAGAGCAGGAGGGAGAAGGCGAGGAUGAGAGACAAAAAGAGGAGCAGGAUGAGGAGCAGGAUGAGGAGCAGGAUGAGGAGCAGGAUAAGGAGCAGGAUGAGGAGCAGGAAAAGAAUCAGGAAGAUGAGUACGAAGAUGAACAGGAAGAGGAAGAUCAAUUGACUGAAGCACCGACCACGAAAAUCUUCAGAAAAAGAAAACAGUUCGAUUCUGAUAGAGUUUCAUUUGCUCCCAAACAACGAAAUGAAAGAAACAAUCGCGCCUUUACAUUUUCAACAAGACAAACCACAAUGGCUGCUCGUUUGAAUCGAAAUAGAAACGAACGUCGAAGUUCUUCUACCGCUUCUACAAUGAGAACCACCACCUCUUCUAAGCCAGAAAUGAUUAUCAAAACCAACAGACCAAUUUCGUCAACUACACCAAGGCAAACGACGACCAAAACUCGAAAACCUCGGAAGAAGACACAAAGUCGAAAAGCUGAUCCUACAACCACCAUCACAACCACAGCAACCAUGAGGACCACGACCACCAUGAGAACAAGACGAACAACUUCCCAUCAGUCGAGACGAACCACGACAGAACCUCGUACGAAACGGACGACGUCUGUUUUUGAAACGAGACAAACAACCAUCACCACUCAGAAGACUCGGAAUGAUAGAAGAAGACGCGGGCGGCCCACUACCACCACUCCAAGAUAG